AUGUAUUGCCAAAAGUGCCGAAACCCUCUCAAGCUCGACAACUCGUUGUCCGAGUUGAAUCCAGCAGCGUACGCUCUGUUAGUAGGCGCAUCCUCGCAACAAGAGCAGAAGUCUCAGCCUGUGCUGCCGCCCCAAUAUCCGCAACAUGAGGAGAGAAGGGGCCUCUACGAUAAGAUCGCCAGAAAUGCGCCUACCGCCAUGUUCAGGCGGCAGGGAAAUACACAGCGUCCCGAGAAUUCCUUCGUCUUCCUCACCGACUCACAACUAGGACCGCCCCGGCUACCUAAUCAGAGAGAACAGCCCAUUCCGCGACAGCCACGACGUGGGUCCUCCUUGAGCGAUGCCGAUGGCCAUGAUGGCAAACCAGCGCAGCUUCACGAAGCCGAGCGCAUCAACAAACUCUUCGAAAUACUGUCAUCUCGAUCCGAUAUAGAUCACCCUGUCUGCGUCGAAUGCACCGAAAUGUUGACUGAUGGGCUGCAGAAGAGGCUCGAUGGCGCCAUCAAAGAACGCAACCUCUAUUCUGACUUUCUCAAGCAGCAGCAGGCGGAAAUGCCGGCCGAGGAGGAGGUGGCUGCCUCCCAAAAGGCUCUUGAGAAGGCGCAAAAGGACGAGCAGGAUGCAUUCAAUUCCCUUAUUGAACUUGAGAAGCAGAGAGAGGCUCUCGACAGUGAAAUGGCUGCUCUGGAAGAAGAGUCACGGGAACUAGAUGCGCAGGAGGAGCAGUUUUGGCGAGGUCGGAAUGCCUUUUCUGCUAAACUAUCCGAGUUCCAGAACGAACGGGAUAGUAUCAACUCUCGGUUCGAUCAUGAUUCUCAGCAACUUGUUAAGCUACAACGGGCAAAUGUGUACAAUGACACAUUCUCCAUUCAUCACGACGGCCACUUUGCAACAAUCAACGGUUUGCGCCUGGGAAGGUUGUCGACCAUACCGGUCGAUUGGCCCGAGAUCAACGCAGCCUGGGGUCAGUCGCUUCUUCUGGUUGUCACCGUCGCCGAUAAGCUUGGGUACAAGUUUGAAAAUUAUGAACCGCUUCCAAUGGGUUCAACGUCAAAAAUCAUCCGCUAUGAUCAUGCCUCACCAUCAUCAAGCCGAUUGGGCUCUCAUCGAAGUGGGCCACCACCAGCACCAAAGAAACACGUGCUUGAGCUAUUCUCGUCUGGAGAUUUGCCUUUGAAUCUCCUCUGGCAUCGGAAAUUUGACACUGCUAUGGUCGCUUUUCUUGAGCUGGUCAGACAGCUCGGCUUGUACGUCCAGAACCAGACCAAGGUGACAUCGGAUAGAGACGGAUAUACGACGCCGCCUCUUGCGCUGCCUUACAAGAUUGAGGGCGACAAGAUUGGUGACGAUAGGAUAGGCCACUACAGCAUCAAGCUAGGGAUGAACACUGAUGAGAGCUGGACGAAGGCUUGCAAGUUUGUAUUGACAUGCUGCAAAUUUUUGAUCGCUCACGCUAGCAAUGUGAGCCAUGCUCAAAACAAUGGGCGUUAUUCUACUUGA